AUGAAACAUCAAGUUAGGGAUUUAGGGAUUUCAUCAAGCUUCAAUUCGUCCUCCAUGAAACAGAAAAGCGAUGAUAGUAUGAAAACCAGUUCUUUUACGGUGGAGAAUCUUCCAUGGAAACCAAGUUGUCAUUGUGGAGAUACGGCUACUCUUCGCAGGUCAUCAACGUCGAAGAGCUAUGGAAAAUAUUUUUGGGGUUGUUCUCAUUUUAAGGGAACAAGGCAACCUGGGUGUGGGUUUUUUGAAUGGUUUUAUGAGGAUGUUCAAGAUGACAAAGGUCAAAUUAUAAUGUCCAGAUUGGAAAAGUUAUCAAAAAAAUUGGAUGAUGCAACAAUGGAGAUUGAAAAAGUGCAGCUUUUGUGA